UAAGUAGAUUUGGGGUUUGUCUCAAAAAAUACAUUUCUAUCCUAAUACCAAUCGUAACCUAAUUUUUUAUACACCAGUCGUUUGUGUCUUAGUAGAGCCUUUUCUCUUUGGGAUACAUUAAAAAAAAGAAAAUGACAAUUGCCAUCUGUCAAAGAUCGCGCCAAAAUUUAUUUAUUGUAGGUUUGAUUUUUGUUUUUGGGAAUUCGAAUUUGGACUAAAAUUUUCUGUGUAACGUAGUAAAGAACUAUCAACAAGUAAGAACUAAUUCAGUAGUCAGUAAUUAUCUAGGUAAAUUUAGAUUUAGUCAUACGUGUAAUAUCUAAUAGUAGUUAUGGAUUUGAAAAUUAAAAGAAAGUCCAAUAAAACUGUUAUUACUGGCAGUCUUGUUGAAAAUUAUCCACACGACUUGCAAAUGUAUAAAGUUCCACCGACAGAAAAUAUAUCACUGCAUGAGUUUGAAGCUCUUGCGUUAGAAAGGCUCACUCUAUUAAGAUGUUUAAGCACAGCAACAACUUUAAAGGGUCUCAGACCGUACUCCGAAGAAUGGACGGAAUUCGUUCUUAACGACUUAAAAACACAAGGGUUGAAGUAUUACGCGAGAUUGUGUGAGAAGUCUAGUUGUGGAACGCAAGAUGUUGCAAGCUUACAAGCAAGGCGUAAAGAUCAUAUCGCCCAUUUCAUACUGCGUUUAGCAUAUUGUAGAACUGAGGAACUGCGCCGAUGGUAUAUCGCACGGGAACUGGAGUUGUUCAAAAUGAGGUUCAUUACAAUGAAGAGUGAUGCUGUUGAUGCUUUUUUUAACCAAAACAAUCUUUGUUACACAAGCAUAUCAGAUGAUGAAAAAAAUGAGCUCAUCAAGUAUUUAAGAGAAUCUACAUUUCAUCAGAGCACUCAGAAUAUAGAAACCUUUAAGUUUUAUAAGGUAAAGUUUUUUGAAGUUCUUGAUUUGGUAAAGGCGAGGAAAGUGUACCUUAAAGGUGGAUAUGCUUACAUUCCCCAUAAAGAUUUCAUAUCUGUUCUUUCAGCACAAUUUAGGACACAUCUACGGCAAAGCUUGGCUAUUGCUUGCCAACAUUUAGGUGAAAUAGAACAAGAUGAGAGGCUUGUGUCACUACUUAAAGGGUUACACCAGUCUUACUCUGGUAAUGAUUUCAUUAGCAAUACCAAGAUUGUUAUACCAAUAGAGAGUAUAGAUUCCCUGUCUGUGAAAUCUUUCCCCUUGUGUAUGAGACAAUUACAUGAGAAUUUACGUUCAGCCCACCAUUUGAAGCAUGGAGGCAGACUACAGUAUGGACUUUUCUUAAAAGGAAUAGGUGUAACAUUAGAAGAUUCGCUUAGAUUCUGGCGAGAGGAGUUCACUAAAAUCAUGGAGUUGGACAAAUUUGAAAAACAAUAUGCAUAUAACAUAAGGUACAAUUAUGGUAAAGAAGGUAGCAAGAAGAACUACACUCCUUUCAACUGUUUGAGAAUUAUUACCAACAAUGUGGGACCUGGAGAGUGUCAUGGUUGCCCAUUUAGACACAGCGAUAUAAAUAUUUUAAAAAAUAAAUUAAAAGGAUAUGGGCUUGAAGGACAAGCUGUCAAUGAUAUACUGGAUGUCACUAAGAAAGGACAUUUCCAGAUUGCCUGCAGUAAAUAUUUUGAUACAGUCCACAAUACAGGUCUUGAUUUGGGUAUAAAUCAUCCAAAUCAGUUCUUUGAAGAAAGUCAAAAGCUUUUACAAGGUGAAAUUAAAGUAGUACCUAAAAAGGAACCUAAACCGAGCAAUAACAUUAAGAAGGAACAAGACAACUUUGAAGAUAUGGACCUUGAUGAGAUAACUGAGUGGAAAGAAACUUGAUGUUAUUCAAAUAAAAGUUUAUUUUACAAUAUUAA